UGGCCCGAGCAGCCACCCGGCGCCCGGCAGGGGGGAGCCCGGCUGCGGGCGGGGACCGGGGGGCGGGCCGCGCCGCCGGGAGAAAAGCGCCGGCCGGAGGGCCCGCGGCCGGGCCGCCGGGGUGAGCGUGCCGAGGCGGCUGCGGCGCAGGCUUCCAGCCCCCACCAUGCCGUGGCCCCUGCUGCUGCUGCUGGCCGUGAGUGGGGCCCAGACAACCCGGCCAUGCUUUCCCGGGUGCCAGUGCGAGGUGGAGACCUUCGGCCUUUUCGACAGCUUCAGCCUGACUCGGGUGGAUUGCAGUGGCUUGGGCCCCCACAUCAUGCCAGUGCCCAUCCCUCUGGACACAGCCCACUUGGACCUGUCCUCCAACCAGCUAGAGAUGGUGAACGAGUCGGUGUUGGCGGGGCCGGGCUACACGACGCUGGCUGGCCUGGAUCUCAGCCACAACCUGCUCACCAGCAUCUCACCAACUGCCUUCUCCCGCCUUCGUUACCUGGAGUCGCUUGACCUCAGCCACAAUGGCCUGACAGCCCUGCCAGCUGAAAGCUUCACCAGCUCACCCCUGAGUGACGUGAACCUUAGCCACAACCAGCUCCGGGAGGUCUCAGUGUCCGCGUUCACGACCCACAGUCAGGGCCGGGCACUACACGUGGACCUCUCCCACAACCUCAUUCACCGCCUCGUGCCCCACCCCGCGAGGGCCGGCCUGCCUGCGCCCGCCAUUCAGAGCCUGAACCUGGCCUGGAACCGGCUCCAUGCCGUGCCCAACCUCCAAGACUUGCCCCUGCGCUACCUGAGCCUGGAUGGGAACCCUCUAGCUGUCAUUGGUCCGGGUGCCUUCGCAGGGCUGGCAGGCCUUACACACCUGUCUCUGGCCAGCCUGCAGAGGCUCCCUGAGCUGGCGCCCUAUGGCUUCCGCGAGCUACCGGGACUGCAGGUCCUGGACCUGUCGGGCAACCCCAAGCUCAACUGGGCAGGAGCUGAGGUGUUCUCAGGCCUGAACUCCCUGCAGGAGCUGGACCUUUCGGGCACCAACCUGGUGCCCCUGCCUGAGGCGCUGCUUCUCCACCUCCCAGCACUGCAGAGUGUCAGCGUGGGCCAGGAUGUGUGGUGCCGGCGCCUGGUGCGGGAGGGUGCCUACCCCCGGAGGCCUGGCUCCAGCCCCAAGGUGGCCCUGCACUGCGUAGACACCCGGGAAUCUGCUGCCAGGGGCCCCAAUAUCUUGUGACGAAUGGUGUGGCCCAGGGCCACAUAGCAGACUGCUGUCCUGGGCUGCCUCUGGUCCCGAGUGACUUAUGUUCCAUGUGCCAACACCAGUGGGGAGCCCGCAGGCCUAUGUUGCAGCGUCACUGCAGGAGUUGUGGGCCUAGGAGAGGCUUUGGACCUGGGAGUCACACCUAGCAGCAAAGUCUCGCCCCUUUGUCUACGUUGCUCCCCCAAACCAUGAGCAGAGGGACUUCGAUGCCAAACCAGACUCUGGUCCCCUCCUGCGUCCCUUCCCCACUUAUCCCCCAAGUGCCUUCCCUCAUGGCUGGGCCGGCCUGACCCGAGACGGGCAGAGGGUGGGUGGGACCCCCUGCUGCAAGGCAGAGUUCAGGUCCACUGGGCUGAGUGUCCCCUUGGGCCCGUGGCCCAGUCACUCAGGGGCAUGAGUUUAUUUUCUAACAUAGCCCUUUCUUUGCCAUGAGGCCAUGAGACCCACUUCCUCCUUUUCUAUUUCCCUAGAACCUUAAUGGUAGAAGGAAUUGCAAAGAAUCAAGUCCACCCUUCUCAUGUGACAGAUGGGGAAACUGAGGCCUUGAGAAGGAAAAAGGCUAAUCUGAGUUCCUACGGGGCAGUGGCACGACUGGAGCAUAGCCUCCUGCCUCCCAGCCGGGCCCAUUGCACUUUCUUGUCUCCUCUAAUAAGCCCCGCCCUCCCCGCCUGGGCUCCCCUUGCUGCCCUUGCCCAUUCCCCAUUAGCACAAGAGUAGCAGCAGCAGGACAGGCAAGAGCCUCACAAGUGGGACUCUGGGCCUGGUGACCAGCUGUGUGGCAUGGGCUAAGUCACUCUGCCCUUCGGAGCCUCUGGAAGCUUAGGGCACAUUGGUUCCAGCCUAGCCAGUUUCUCACCCUGGGUUGGGGUCCCCCAGCAUCCAGACUGGAAACCUACCCAUUUUCCCCUGAGCAUCCUCUAGAUACUGCCCCAAGGAGUUGCUGCAGUUCUGGAGCCUCACCUGGCCGCGAGCUCCAAGGGGCCUCCUGGAUUCAGUCCCCACUGGCCCUGAGUGCGACAGCCCUUCUCACCCUCCCAGGAAUGCCGUGAAAGGAGGCAAGAUCUCCCCCACCCAUGUCUAUGCUCGACCCCCAGGGUAGCAUCUCAGCUUCCAAACCCUGGGCUGUUUCCUUAAUCUUCAUUUUAUAAAUGUUGUUGCCUUUUUAAUGGACUGUCACUUUCAACCCGCCUCCCCCACCCCUGCUGGCCGGGGAUGGAGACAUGUCAUUUGUAAAAGCAGGAAAAGGUUGCAUUUGUUCACUUUUGUGAUAUUGUCCUGGGCCUGUGUUGCGGUGUUGGGGGAAGCUGGGCAUCAGUGGCCACGUGGGCAUCAGGGGCUGGCCCCACAGAGACCCCACAGGGCAGUGAGCUCUGUCUUCCCCCACCUGCCUAGCCCAUCAUCUAUCUGACUGGUCCUUGAUUUAAUAAACACCAUAAAAAGUUC